GACGCAAGCUGUCCAGCAUUCUGCCUCCUGGCGCCAGUGCCUGCCUUGCCAAGUACACACUGUCCAGCGUCUUUUGCUCACGGCGCAUCCUCGAACGAUGCUUCGAGUCCCUGGCUCCUAUUCUCGCGGUCGGUCGCCCUCCCCUAGUGGGAGGCACCGACACCGUUCGCAAAGCCGCAGGUAUUCUCCAUCGAGGGAACGGAGCAAGUCCAGGACCAAAAAGUCCAGCUCCAAGAAGUACUAUGAUUCCGACUCAAUGGACGAGCAACCACGGGUAUCUAGUACGUUGCGAAGCAGCAGCACCAAGAAGCGGUAUGACUACGACCUCUCCGACGACGACAGGUAUAAAAGUGACUAUAAAAGCGAUUAUAAGAGCGACAGAGGGCGACGGACGCCCCGCGAUCGCUACUACCUUUCCGACGAAGAAUCGAUAGCGCCGAGGCAGAGCAACACCUCCCUUGGGAGCAAGCGAGCCGAUCUGUACUUGAAUGACUCGGAAUCAGAGCGCGCCCGACGAAGUGCAAGCCGAGCGCUUCGUUCGCUGGCUUCAUCUCGAUUCCAUCAGUAUUCGGAUGCGUACACAGACUCAGACGAUGAGGGAUUAGCUUAUGGAGACCUAUAUUAUGACUAUCCUGUUUCUGGCAGCGAGCGUCGAUCCCGGUCUCGAGAGAGACUUCGCAAAGCUGUAAAAAAGUACUACAAUUCCGAUUCAAGCGACGGGUACACCAGCCACCGUGCGCGGGAAUCCACAGCUCGUACCAAGGAUCCAGUUGCGAGCUACCAAACUUAUGACGACCCUGAACCGAAGCUCCAACGCACCCACUCACGGCGCGAUAAAAAACGGUCUUCAACUGCAAGCGGGCUUGCAGCGAAGCUUCAGGCGGCAAAGUCAUAUUUCACGAGCGGGAUAGACGAGGACGAAUGGCCAGAAAUUCCAGAAUGCGAACGCCCGGAUUUCGUCCCGCACACCGAACAGAAUCCGUACCAUGCGACACUUAACAAGCCAUCGUCAGCGCCUCCUCCACCGGCCCCGCCUCCGCCGGCUCCAGUUCCACCCUCCGUCCCGGAGGCGCCAACUUCUCAGUCUCUCAAACAGACGAAAGAUGAGGAGCCCGCCGUUCGCGUCCCCCAGUAUCCUACGAUCCCACGUCCCCAAUAUGUUCCGCCAGAGCAUUAUUUGAAGAUGAAUAAGACAACGGAGCCUUCACAAACCUUUGCCACCCCUCCUACUCAGACUGUUCCGCCAGAGCAUUAUUUGAAUAUGAGCAAGUCCAAACAGCCCUCGCAUCAUUUGGCAACCCCAUCUUCUCAACGUUUGGCUGGUCAUAACCGUGCCCACUCCACGGGCAACAUACCCGCUACUCCUCAGCAGUAUGCCGCCCCGGCACAGUUUCAAUAUGCGCAACCGGAUCCGAACUUUAAAUACAUUUUAAAAUCCGAAAAGGCUGCCACACCUUCUACCUCUUCCAUGGCUGUCGAAAUGAGCCAAUCAGGAAAGUCUUCUAAUGGACCAGGCCAUCUUCAGUACGUAGAGAUCAAGCCCGGAGCAGGGAGGACCCCUAGCACACGUCCGCAUAGCCUCUCUAUCUCUACGGAUAAUGAACACCUAAAAAUGCCGGGUGGAUUUCCCGAUGGUAAUCGGCCACCAGCCAGCCCAUUGUUGGAGCCCUACCACGGUACUUACCAAAGCAUGUCACCUAUGCCCUGGCCAACGGCCUACUCAGACAUGGAGGGCGAUGUGUCGGAGCUUGAACUUGAUGACGGCGCGAUAUCUAGUUCCGAGAGAGCUAAAGGGAAGAUGCUAAAGAUCAGGAAGACGAAAAGCAAGGACGCUUUCCACAAAAUGGACCACUUGGAACGACAGAGGAUGGCUAUAGAAUCAAUGAUGCCUACAAACCAUGUGCCGGUAUAUGAUCCGAGAAUCGACGCGAAAGCUUUAAAGUCGGCUAUUUCACAUCACAAGAUUGAUCCAAAACCGUUGCUGGAGAUUCUUCCCAACCUUACGGCCGAGGAAGUGCUUGUACUCCGGGCAGAAUACAAGAAUAUUGUCAAGAUGACAGGCCAUGGUGUCAAUAUCGCAAAACACAUCGCCCUUCGUGUGCCCGGUAAUUUUGGCAAGGCUUGCCAUGCCACUGCUCUUGGGCAGUGGGAAUCAGAAGCAUACUGGGCCAAUUUCUGGUAUCGAUCCAACUCUUCACGGAGAGAAUUGCUUAUCGAGGCUCUCAUGGGCAGGCCGAAUGCAGAGAUUCGCCGGAUAAAGAACUGUUUCAAGGACAAGAGAUACAGUGACAGUUUGGAGAAAUGCAUGAAAGCGGAGCUAAAGCCGGAUAAAUUCCGCGCCGCCAUUUUACUGGCCUUGGAAGAGAAACGACAGGCAGAUAUGGCCCCGAUAAGUCUUGACCUAGUGCGUCGUGAUGUUCAAGACUUGCACCGCGCAUUGAUAUCACGCGAAGGCGGGGAGUCGGCGAUGAUUCAGAUCAUCGUAGUAAGAGGAAACGGGCAUCUCUGUGAAGUUAUGCGAAUGUAUGAGAGCAUGUAUAAUCAGCACUUCGCCAGAGCGAUGAUUGCCAAAUCGCAAAAUCUAGUUGGCGAAUCCCUUAUCCAUAUUCUGAACGGCGCUCUCAACCGUCCGAUGCGUGACGCAUUACUCCUUCAUCAUGCCAUAGCCGAGGUAGGGACCGGUCGGGACCGUGCCGAGCUUCUCAUCUCACGGCUAGUUCGCAUGCAUUGGGAGCCGCAUCACCUCGAACGGGCCAAGGCAGAGUACAAGAGGCGAUAUGGGAAGUAUGUCGAAGAUCAUAUCGUUCGGGAAAUCAUCAACAAGAACGGGAAUGGGAAGUGUGAUUGGGCUGAGUUCUGCAUCGAGUUGGUUAAAAGUUCGACUCAACAUGUUAUGGAUGAUGAGUGA